GCGGUAGAGGCUUCCACACUUUAAGAACUUUAUACACAGGCGCACCUACGACUGACCCAAAGGAAGUCAUAGGAGAUCACACAGCAGUCAACCCACCAAGUGAAUAUGAGCACUAUGAUUUGGUGGUAGUCGGGGGAGGAAUGGUCGGGGCCGCGAUGACGUGCAUGUUAGGUGAGACGAAUAUAUAG